CGCGGCGGCCGCGCGCAUGCGCGCAGGGGAGCUGACGCUGCGCGAUGGCGGCGGCCUGAGGGCGGCCAUGGCGGGCCUGGCGCGGCGCCUGCCCUGCCGCGGCCUGUGCGUGCCGGCGCGGCCGCCGGGCACCCGCCAGCUGCGGGAGGCCGAGGAGGCUGCCCCGGUGUUCCAGUACGCGGGGAAGGCGGCCAGGCGCAAGGACCGCGUGUUCGUGUGGGGCUUCAGCUACUCGGGCGCCCUGGGCAUCCCCAGCUUCGUGAAGCCGGACGCGGGCUGGAAGAAGCCGCGGCGCAUCCAGCCCACGCCGUACCGCCUGGAGACGGAGGAGAAGAUAUCCUCUGCUGCCUGCGGGUAUGGAUUCACACUGCUGGCUUCUAAUACCAGAGACAUCACCAAAGUGUGGGGCAUGGGGCUCAACAAGGAUUCCCAGCUUGGAUUCCAGAGGAGCAGAAGAGAUCAAACUAAGUGCUAUGAAUAUGUCUUGGAACCAUCUCCAAUUCCAUUACCACUGGAGAAACCACAGCAAACUCGAGUCUUGCAAGUGUCCUGUGGGAGAGCCCAUUCCCUGGUCCUGACAGACAGUGAAGGAGUUUUCACAAUGGGAAACAAUUCUUAUGGACAGUGUGGCCGGAAGGUUGUUGAAGAUGAAAUUUACAGUGGAAGCCAUCUCAUUCAUCAGCUGAAGGAAUUUGACAGCAGAGUUGUCCAGGUUGUGUGUGGGCAGGACCACAGUCUGUUUAGAACCAAGAAAGGUACAGUCUAUGCAUGUGGAUGGGGAGCUGAUGGACAAACAGGUCUUGGACACUAUAACAUCACCAGUGUUCCUACUAAGCUGCAUGGUGACAUUGCUGGAGUAAACAUUAUCCAGGUCUCUUCCUAUGGGGACUGUUGCCUGGCUGUUUCGGAUGAAGGAGAUGUCUUUGGUUGGGGAAAUUCAGAAUACUUGCAGUUGGCUUCUGUCACAGAAACCACACAGGUGAAUGUUCCCAGGCAUUUGCCAUUCAAGAUUGGGAAGGUAAAGGAGGCUGCCUGUGGAGGGACGGGCAAUGUUGUGCUAACGGAAGAAGGAAAUGUUUUUGUCUGGGGAUAUGGAAUUCUUGGGAAAGGACCAAACCUAAUAGAGACAGCAGUGCCAGAGAUGAUCCCACCCAGCCUUUUUGGCUGGUCAGACUUCAGUCCAGACACCCGUGUUGCUCAUGUUCGCUGUGGACUCAGCCAAUUUGCAGCCCUUACAAACAGAGGAGAACUGUUUGUGUGGGGGAAGAAUCUAAGAGGGUGCCUGGGAACUGGAAGAAUGGAAGACCAAUAUUUCCCAUGGAGAGUAAGGAUGAUGGUAUUUAGGCCAAGAGUGACUGUCCCCGGUGAGGUGGUGGAUGUGGCCUGUGGAGUUGAUCAUAUGGUGAGCAUGGUCAGGUCUUUCACCUAGAGCUGCUGCUGGGUCUCAGCCCUGCACCAGGGCCAUGCAGGGACUUGGUGACAAGCUUCUUGGAAAGGAAAACUCAUUUUAUGAAGCCAAGUGACUGUGAGCAGAGACAGCCAUGGCAGUGUCUGGGUGCGUUAUCAUCCCUGCAUCACUGGAGUGCUCUGGCCUGGCUGCAGGAAGGAAGCACAUUCCCUGAGGAGUGUGGAAAUCCAAGGAGUGCUCUGGUUCCUUCAUGAUGAGCUCCCAGAGGAUCUGAGGCCCAGCCCCAAGCUGGUGAGCCCCUCUGUGCCCAGAGAUGAAGAGCAUCUCCCUUAAGGAAGACUGGCAUGGGAUGAAAUCUACAGCACAGGACAUUGAUAUAUGGACAUUUCCUGUCACCAGCUCUGGAGUGUCAGUGCUGGGCAGAGCCAAACUAUUUCUCAAGGGAAAAGUUGGGUGUUUUUUAAUUACUAAUAUGUGGAAGAGUGCUCCUGCUAGGUCUUGAAGCCCAGCACAGCUGUCCUGGGUGGCUGCCCUCAGCUGCACCGUGCCCAGGCUGUUGUCCUGUGCAGAGACUGGAUGCACAGCCCUCGCCUGGAGGCAGUGAUGUGUCUCUGGGCUGUUGAAGGUCUUCUCUGUUUAGUGCUAAAGACAACACCAAAGGAACACAUUCAAAGAGUGAGAACCUGUUUGCAGGGGUAAGUACUAUCAAAUGAGACAGCAGGCUCUCUGUGCUGCAGAGGGCAGAUGGAUGGUGACAGCAGCCAGUCUAGCUUCUUGAGGGAGGCUGGAAACAAAACCCUGCAAGAUCAGUGCUCAGGCAUGGAGCAUGGAUGUGAGCAGUGCUUACUGCCCCUCAGGUACUUUUGUCUCCUUGUGCUGAUCACACAUCACUGCCUUAGAUUUUUUUUUUUUUUUGAUCCCCUACACCCUUUCUGUUUUCAGAGGUAUGGCUCUCAGUUGCAAUUAGCUGGGGAUUUCAGGAUUGCCUAGCAGGGGAUGGAGUCUUAAUGGGUAAGAAGCAGAGCUUCAUUUCUUGGUGCCUUUGUAGCAGUAAGCUGAUAGAGAUGGGAUACAACAGCUGUGAGUAUCUGUAGCAGGCACUUACCCAGUCUCACACCCCAGUGUGGGAAACUGUCUCCUGUGAAACACUCCAAGCAUCAGGCAGAGUUGUGUCUUUUCUCUCUGUGUGGAAUACUUCUAGUAUCUAGUGCAAACUAUUUUGGUGGAAUCCAAGCUAGUAGGUUUUCAAUAAAGUGAUUAUAAAAUCUUUAUCAGUAGUAAUAGGAAUGUUCUUGAGCAUGAUCUGCUAUGCAUUGAUUGGAUUUGAACUGCAUUUGCUGCAUUUGAACUGCAGCAUUUUGGUUCACAGUUGUGUGACAGGAAACCACUGCUGUCAGCUGAGCCAGCUCCAUACCUGCAGGAUUUAUAGUGUUGCAGUCAGGCAUUGCACCCAUGGCCCCAUGGGACACCACAUAUACUGGCUUCAUUAGCUGAAAUUCUAUACCAGAACUCAGUGUGUAAACUUUAUCUUGAUUAAAUAAGUUUUGAAGGGUUUACAUAGAAUAUAGGAAAGGUGAACCAAAGUACAUGGAAAUAGAGACACAUCUCUUGAGUUGUUGUUGAUGUUCCUGUGUACCAGGUGUUGCUGGGUGGGUGAGGCAGAACAGAAGGCUGCUGUGAAACUGCCAGACCUUCACUACUCUGAACUCCCAUUUGGUUGGCUUUAAUUUACACCUGAUUCUAUGUGCAACUUGGGCAACUCGCAGUGCCCAAGCAUGUCUUGUUUGCCUUAUGGGAGUAUGUUUGCCCUUUCAGCUUGAGGAGGCUUAUUAAUCCAUGGAAAACACGUACCAAAACUCUGGGGAGAAAGGUGUUACAAACAAUUCCUUUCAUGGAUGUUGCUGUUGAGGUGGGCUGGUUAGUGCUGGGCUCUCAGCUGCUCUCAUUCCCAGCUGUUUCCCAGGGCACCUUGGGGCUGGGCCUUCUGAAGAGCUGGGAGCAGUCCUUGUGUUGCAUUCUUGCUGUGCAAUAAAUUGCAGAUUCUUUGUGUUAAUGAGA